GGCACAGGGACGCUAAGACUUCCACACAGCCUGGCAGCAGCACCCAGUGGUGGAAGAUGUGCCAGUCCCAGCUGCUCUUGGCCCUGCUGCUCCUGUUCUUCUGCCCCUGGGCCGAUACCAGUGCUCUAUGGGGUCAGAUUGUGGGGGGCCAUGAGGCUCAGCCCCACUCCCACCCUUACAUGGCAUACCUGAAGAUAGGGAAAUCCACCUGCGGAGGCUUCCUGGUGGCCCCUGACUGGGUGAUGACAGCUGCACACUGCAUGGGGAAUGCCACAGUCAUCCUGGGGGCUCACAACAUCUAUGAACCAGAAACAACGCAACAGGUCCGGGGAGUUCUCAGAUACCACCAGCACCCUGAGUACGACCCCACCACCGUGUCUAACGACAUCAUGCUGCUCAAGCUGACAGCAAAGGCCACACUCAACAACUACGUCAAAACCAUCCCCCUGCCCAAGACCAGCAACUACCUCCCCACAGGCACCAAGUGCAGCAUAGCUGGUUGGGGCCUGAUCGACAAGGACCAGGAAACCAGCAAGCUCUUUGAAACCAAAGUCACCAUCUACAGCCGCAGGAAGUGCGUCCACUUCUAUCCACACCUCAACGCCGGCAUGGUGUGUGCCGGCAGCUUCCACGAGCUGAGGGACUCCAGCCAGGGUGAUUCUGGUGGGCCCCUGGUGUGCAAUAAGGUGGCGCAAGGCAUCGUUUCCUUCGGGCAUGACAACCCCCCUGGGGUCUAUACCCGCAUCUCCAACUACCUGCCCUGGAUCAAAAAAAACAUGAAGAAGUAACAGCAACAUCAGUGCGGCCCUGGGGACACCCUGGUUUCCUUCCUGCCCCUACCAAAGGCUCAGCUCCCUCUCCUUUCCUUGGGAACCCGAGUGCCCUGAUGGAUGCCUGCAAGGGCCUGUUUCUUUGUUCUGAGGCUGCUGGCUGUCCCACUGCCUGCCCAUGCCAGGAAGCCAGUUUGGUGCCACAUUAAGUCACGCUGGCAGAAGGGAGGAUUGUCCCAGGUGGCACCAGAAAGAGGCUGUACCACUGAGGAUCCCAUUUCCUUCAGAGACACCCCUCUCCCUGCUUAAACCUCGCUGCACUUGAAACACCCACAGUAAACCCAGAGCUGCCUUUUUCAGC